GCCGCCGUCGCCGCUGCCGCUGCUACUGUUCAGCCUGCUGCUGCUUCUGUGUUUACUGAGCUCUCUUGUCCUGAUAUCACUCCGCUGGCAUGGAGGAGGAGGAGGAGGUGGAGGAGAGAGAGGAGGAGGAGGAUGAGGAGGAGGAGGAGAGCACUUGAUCAUUGUGAUGGUGGCAGGAGGAGCAGCCGCAGCAGCAGCAGCAGCAGCCGCAGCAGCAGCAGCAGCAAAAGCCUAGCGUUUGGGGGCUCUUAUCAGCUCGGCGUGGCUAUUUUUUUUUUCAAAGGACUUCACCGAUCUACUUUUGCAAUCACCCCCGGGAUUGUUCAUAUGUUUACUUCCCCCCAACCCGAGGAUUUGAUAUUUAGGUUCCUGUGAAAUGCAACCGAGGAGCCAAAGUACUUUGAGAACACGGGGCGGCAUAAACACCAAAACUUUUUUGUGGAAGGAAAAUGCAAUAAGAAAGCUCGCUGUCUUUUGAUGCUGUGAGUGUGGAGCGAGUGUGUGUAUUGUGUGUCUGCCUGGGGUGCCUUUGCCUGUGUGCGAGUGUGUGUGGUGUGGUGUGUGUAUGCGUGUGUGUGGUUCCCCCCCAUAGAGGGAAAAAUGCUUGCCAACCACCGGAAAUCUCCUGGAAUUUAUUAGAAAAUAAUGGAUUAUAAAAAGAAGUGAGGGAAGAAACGGAUUUCCCGCUGAGUUGCAACCCGAUUUGCUAGUCUUCAGUUUGUUGAUUGUUUUUGUUGAUAGGUGUCUUGAUGAUACUCGAUAACACCUUUUUUCGUUAUUAUUAUUUUGGGGGAGUGAUACAGUUUAAAAAAAGGAAAUAACAGCAACAACAACCUCCCAAAGUAUUCUCCCCCCUUUUCCCCCCUCCUGCUCAGAAUCGGUGUUUCCAUCCAUGUGCUUGUUUGCUCCCCCGCGUUCCACUUAAACUAUUUUAAUCCUGGACCCAAGGAAGAAGCUGAUAGGGGGGUGGAUACAAAAAGUUCUUCCAAAAUAGUGUGCACGGGGAGCAGGAUGGGGGAUUUCGCAGCCCCCGCUGCUGCCACCGCAAAUGGCAGUAGUAUUUGCAUCAACAGUAACCUGAACAGCAGUCUCGGUGGGGCCGGUAUCGGUGUGAAUAAUACUCCCAAUAGUACUCCCGCUGCACCCAGUAACAAUCACCAUGCUGGUAGCGGCGGCGGCGGCAGCGGCGGCAGCGGCAGCGGCGGCGGCGGCGGUGGCAGUGGUGGCGGCGGCCCCGGGGGCAGCGGCGGCGGCCCCGGGAGCGUCCCCAAGCACAGCACGGUGGUGGAGCGGCUGAGGCAGCGCAUCGAAGGCUGCAGGCGGCACCAUGUCAACUGCGAGAACAGGUACCAGCAAGCCCAGGCGGAGCAGCUGGAGCUGGAGCGCAGGGACACGGUGAGCCUCUAUCAGAGGACCCUGGAGCAAAGGGCCAAGAAAUCGGGCGGCGGGGGCGGCGGCGGGGGCGGCGGUAGCAAACAGCCCCCCCAGCACUCGAGCAAACAGCAGCAAGAUGCAGAGGCUGCCACCUCGGAGCAAAGAAAUCACACUCUGAUCAUGCUUCAAGAGACUGUGAAGAGAAAGUUGGAAGGAGCCCGGUCCCCGCUUAAUGGCGAACAGCAAAAUGGCGCCUGUGAUGGGAACUUCUCCCCAACGAGCAAGCGAAUCCGAAAGGACAUUCCUGCAGCAAUGGACACUAUUAGCAAUCUGCCCAACAAUAUGCCUUUGCCUUCUGUGUCUCCUCUUCACCAGCUGGACAUGAAGCCUUCUUUACCCUUGCCGAACAGUGGAGCUCAUGCUCCGGGGAUCAUAGAAGAGCUGGGUAAGAAUGGCAGGCUGCCGGAGAUUAAACUUUCCAUGAACGGUUGCAGCGACCUUGAGGAUAGCUUUGCCAUCCUGCAGAACAAGGAACUCAAGCAAGAACCACUGGAUGACCCCACUUGCAUAGACACUUCGGAAACAUCGCUUUCCAAUCAGAACAAGUUGUUCUCGGACAUUAACCUCAACGAUCAAGAGUGGCAGGAGUUAAUAGACGAGCUGGCUAACACUGUCCCUGAAGACGACAUACAGGACUUAUUCAAUGAAGAUUUUGAAGAGAAGAAGGAGCCGGAAUUCUCUCGGCCAACCACUGAGACGCCUCUUUCUCAAGAGAGUGCGAGUGUCAAGAGUGAUCCUUCUCACUCUCCGUUUGCUCAUGUCCCCAUGGGAUCUCCCCAGGGGAGACCGUCUUCUUCUGGCCCCCCAUUUUCUAACGUCUCCACAGCUAGUAGCAUACCUUCUGUUUCUAGCACUCCUGUGGCGCCAAAUCCUGCCAGCUCACCAGCAAACUGUGCUGUCCAGUCCCCCCAGACACCCAACCAAGCUCCUACUCCAGGCCAAGCGUCAUCCAGGCCAGGGAAUGGUUAUCUCAUGACUCCAGCAGCAGGAACUGUGACUGGUGCAGGACCUGGUCCUGUGGCAGUUUCCAGUGCGGAUUUGUCGCCUGCAGAGCAGCUCAAACAAAUGGCUGCCCAGCAGCAGCAGAGAGCUAAACUUAUCCAACAGAAACAGCAGCCACAGCCACAGCAUCCAAAUCCGACGUCCAGUUGGUCACCGGUGGGGCCCCCAUCCAGUCCCUAUGGAGGAGCCUUCAGUGCAGACAAACCAAAUAGCCCCAUGAUGUACCCCCAAGCCUUUAACAACCAAAACCCUAUAGUGCCUGCCAUGGCAAACAACCUGCAGAAGACGACAAUGAAUAACUACCUCCCCCAGAACCACAUGAAUAUGAUCAAUCAGCAGCCAAAUAACCUGGGUACAAACUCUUUAAGCAAGCAGCCCAAUAUACUCACUUACGGAAACACUAAGCCUUUGACCCAUUUCAAUGCAGAACUGAGUCAGAGGAUGACACCACCCAUGGCCAAUCCCAACAAAAACCCGAUGAUGCCGUACAUGCAGCAGCAGCCGCCGCCACCGCCACAGCAGCAGCAGCCUCUGCCACAGCAGCCGCCACCGCAGCAGCCACCGCCACCACAGCAGUCCCAGCCCCAGCUCCAAGCUCAGAUGGCGCACUUGAAUGAGGAGCAGAAGCGCAUGCUUCUCAUGAAGCAAAAAGGAGUGAUGAAUCAGCCUAUGGCUUAUGCCCCACUGCCUUCUCACAGCCAGGAUCAGCACCCAGUUGGACUGUCCCGGACUACGGGCCCUAUCCAGCCCUCAGUGGCUCCAGGUUCUGGCAGCAUAGUUACAGGUGCCAACCCUGGGGGUCCCAGCUUCCUGGCCACCCAGCCCCAGGCAGCCAUCAUGAAGCAGAUGCUCAUUGACCAGAGGGCACAGUUAAUGGAGCAACAGAAGCAACAGUUUCUAAGAGAGCAAAGGCAGCAGCAGCAGCAGCAGCAGCAGCAACAGAUUCUGGCCGAACAGCAGUUACAGCAAUCACAUUUACCCCGGCAGCAUCUCCAGCAGCGGACCCCGUAUCCGGUGCAGCAGGUCAAUCAGUUCCAAGGUUCCCCCCAGGACAUGGCAGCUGUGAGAAACCAGGCAGCUCUGCAGAACAUGAGAGCUUCCAGGAUGAUGGCCCAGAGCGCAGGCAUGAUGGCAAUGGGGCCUUCCCAGAACCCCGGGGCCAUGCCCCCUGCAGCAGCUCAGUCUGAGCUUGGAAUGGCUCCUUACAGCAACAGCUCCACCAGCCAACCAGGAAUGUACAACAUGAGCGCAGGGAUGAGCCAGAUGCUACAGCACCCGAACCAAAGUGGCCUGGGCAUGACCCACAGCCAGGCCCAAGGCCCGAGGCAGCCUGCCGCCGCUCAAGGGGUCAGCAUGGUGAGCGGGUUUAGCCAGAGCAUGCUGGUGAACUCAAGCAUCCCCCAACAGCAUCAGCAGAUGAAAGGGCCUGUGGGGCAAGCCUUGCCCAGGCCCCAAGGCCCUCCAAGACUACAGAGCAUUAUGGGAACUGUCCAGCAAGGAGCACAAAACUGGCAGCAGAGGAGCUUACAGGGCAUGCCUGGGAGGACUAGUGGAGACCUGGGUCCAUUCAACAAUGGCACCGCUUAUCCCAUGCAGGCCGGACAGCCUCGGCUGACCAAGCAGCAUUUUCCCCAGGGGAUGAGCCAGUCGGUGGUGGACACCGCAGGUACCGUAAGAGCUCUCAACCCGACAGCCAUGGGUCGGCAGAUGAUGUCAUCCCUCCCCGGGCAGCAAGGGAGCAGCCAGACGAGGCAAAUGGUCAUGCCCGGCAUGAGCCAGGGGGUCCCUGGCAUGCCGGGGUUCAGCCAGCCUCCCACCCAGGCGCCGAUGCAAAGUGGCAACUUUGCCCCAAGCAGCCAGGGCCAGGUUUAUGACCGGAAUCCAUCCCAGGACAUACCCUAUAAUUACGGCAGUGAAGGAGCCGGGGGCGCGUUCCCCAGCCUAGCAGAGGGGGCCGACCUCGUGGACUCCAUCAUCAAAGGCGGGCCAGGGGAUGAGUGGAUGCAAGAGCUUGACGAGUUAUUCGGCAAUCCCUAGUCACAGGGGGCCCCGAGAGCCAAAACUCCAGUGGUUAACGUUUAAAAAGAAAAAAAAGGAAACGGGAUGUCGCCCCAUCCUCGUUUGUUUUUUUUUUUAAUCUGUGCAAAUUUGAGCUGAACUGUAGCAGACAGAUGGUGGAAGAUGAAGGUGGCGAUUUCCAGCCCCAGUAGGCCGCAUUUUGCAAAACUUCCACAUCAAUCCACUCCAUGGGUAUGAGAGAGACAGCCAGAGCUUGGGAAGCCCCACAAGAUGGCCCUCCCCCUGACCCCGGGCCCCUGUGUGGGACAAGGCGCCAGUGCCCAUGAGCCCAGAAAGACUGCCACCCAAAGCCAAGGAGUCCCCUGUCUCUCCAGCCCCCCGUCUUCUCAGGCCGCCAGAAAAAACAGAUCCUCAGGCCACGGGGAGGAAUGCUCUCCCACCAAAGCUGCUGAGUGAUUGCACGGGCCAGGCACUAGUGGAUCAGAAUUGUGCUGAACUCUGGGGGAAACAAUUCCAGGUCUAAAGACAUGCUACUGUAUUGGGAGGAUGGGCGGGAAGGCCAGGGCCGUCUUCCUGGGGGGUCUCCAAGAGAACCCACUGGCCCCCUCCCAGUCCCCAUGAUGAACCUCAAGAAUGCUAGGGGCAUUGCUGCCUGAUGCCCCCCGCGAUAGCCAGGUUACCUUGGAGGAGGAGCAUAAACCAGGCGCUACAAAGAGACGAGGCCCCGGAAGACGAGUCUGUCACUGCUGUGGCGAGGGCUAAAUGGCCAGUGUGGUGGCCAGACUGCAGAGCUUCCCAGGCCACGCUGGGGUCCAGUACGAGAUCCUUUUUCACAUCUCUGCUUCUGACAGUGUAGCCUCUGGGGGGGGGGGUGGACAGACAUCCACUGGACUCUGGAGAUGUCUUUCAGGCCCAUCUCCGACCCCCGUCACUCCCUACUUUUUGCUUCUAUUUCUCCUGCUCCCCCUCCCCCAACCCUGACCCCACCUGCCCACUCCAUACAGCUUGUUCUUACCAGGAUCCCAGACGAAGCUACUUCCUGUAACAGAGCCUGGUCGUGGCCAGAAUGAAUGACAAAAGGAAUGCUGCCCGGCCCGAUAUCAAAAAGGGAUUCUGGGUAUUUCCAGCCUCUAGAGUAGAUGAAAGUUGUCGGUACGACCUGCCUGGGCCACAGAAGUCUGUUCUGUGCUUGGCAGUCCUUGCAGGCUAUUGGCCUUGCAACGCUGAUAUCCCUAAAUGAGGGGGAACCUUCAGGAGGAGAAUUCUGGUCUGCUUGGGUCGGGGUGCAGUCACCUGGGGAAGAGUCUUCCCCAAAAGAGUGUUCUACCAAUCACGCCUCUUCCUGGGCACGUUGAGUGCAGAUUUUCUGAGAGUUUAGGAAGCAGAAGUCAGCCGGUACAUCUGGCAAAAUUUGUGUUUAGGAAGGGGCUGUAUGUCGUCUCUGUCCCAUGAACUAGCUACUCCCCACCGAAUCAUCCCAGGCUCAGCAAUGCUCCCACUGACCCUGCCCAAAGGCACCAACACUGUAGCUUAGUGUCCUUUAUUUCUUGCCAGUUCCUCUGCUUUCCCUCCCACCCCUCAUCGUGGGGACCGGUGCCCUAACAACAGUUCAGGACAUGGCAAGGAGAAAAGUUGGUCAGAGAAGCUUUGGUCUUUGGUCCUGAUGAUGCUGGGUCAGCCCUCUGCGAGCCAGUCGCACUGAAGCCGAAAGAGAGGUACAGACUGACCUAAGCUGGGGGGGAUUCCAAAGAAAAGGGGUUUGAGUGGAAGACUAGUGUUGGAGGAGACAAGCUGCCAAAUCCUGCCCAUGCUUUGCCCUCUAGAAAGGAACCGGUGCACGAAUCCCUGAACAGCAAGGGAGAGGACGCAGGCCUAUUGCUGGCCACGUUGGUGAGGGGAAUAUGGCAGGGGCCGCUCUGGUUCUCCCAGGAGGACACUGCAGGACUGGACAUGAGACCCCUGAAGGUUGAGCCGCGCUAUCAGGGAAACUUAAGAGUUAAAAUAGAUGGAAACCAAAAAAAGCAAACAAACACGAAAACAAAAACAACAAAGUUCUGGAUGGAAAGGAGGAAGUACACAAAACAUCCACCUUUUUCUGAGAGAGGUACAGGAAGCCAACAAAUAAGCCGAUGUCAGGAAGCUAGAGGUGAGGGAUGGAGACAGAAAAGCUUCCUCUGAAUACUCUGUACUGGGACCAACUUAACAAGAGGUAGAUUUUAAUUAUUUUUUUUUUUACUACGGUGCUGAUGUAUAUGUAAUGUCUAAAAAAAAAAAGUUAUUUGUAAAUAUGUUUUUACAAUCCUGCAAAUAUCACUGGGUCUACUAUCUGUAAAAUAUAUACAUAUGAAUAUAUAUAUACUGUUUGUUUAAAAUAGAGUAUUUUUAUUUCAUUCCUUAAUUCAUCAUCACUGCAAUGGCAUUACACUUCAGACUACAUCUGAUUACUAAUUUGUACUGUAUUACCUGAUGGCAACUGGCUCCAUUCUAUUCAGAUUUUUCUAGUUUUCUGUUUUUACCUUGUACAUUAAGCACUGCAUAUUUCCUUCUAAGAACUGUACAGAACUCUGAAAUGUAGAGAUGAAGUGAUGUUGGCAGACCACUUUUAAAGAAAAAGGCAAAUAAAAGAUUGUACCUGAACCAA